UAUUGUUACAGACUGUGUCCUGCUGGCCACCCUGCCUCUGAAACUUAUAAAGAAAGUGUUGGAUUUGCCCUUGUUGGAACUGAGGAAUUCAGACCAUCUCUGGGUAGCCGGAUCUAACCCACUCCCUGUCCCCUUUUGGUACCAAAGUGCUCUCUCCUCUCCAAAGUGCCAUGCCUGAGCUGUUAACGGGAGGAAGGGGCUCCUGAGACGCGCCCGCACCUUUGCACCUGUCUUUGCUCUUCGCCUCUCUCGGCCACCUUCCCGGCCGAAGCAGCACCGAGGGAGCCCCCUUUGGAUGUUUUCCGUGGAAACCGCUUCUCCGAGGCUGGAGCGCUGAGGCUGGUUUUGGGGAGGAACGCCAGACUUGCAGGAGUCUGCGCGCUUUUCUCCUGCCCGCGCCUCCGGGUCCCCGUGCUCGCUCCCCCGCCUCACCCCACCCCACCCACUUCCUGUGCGCGCCCAGGGGGCGUGUGCCGAGCGGCUGCCGGAGUUCUGGGAAGUUGUGGCCGUCGAGGAUGGGGGUCUGUGGGUACCUGUUCCUGCCCUGGAAGUGCCUCGUGGUCGUGUCUCUCAGGCUGCUGUUCCUUGUACCCACAGGAGUGCCCGUGCGCAGCGGAGAUGCCACCUUCCCCAAAGCGAUGGACAACGUGACGGUCCGGCAGGGGGAGAGCGCCACCCUCAGGUGCACGAUCGACAACCGGGUCACCCGGGUGGCCUGGCUGAACCGUAGCACCAUCCUCUAUGCCGGGAACGACAAGUGGUGUCUGGACCCCCGCGUGGUCCUCCUGAGCAACACCCAGACCCAGUACAGCAUCGAGAUCCAGAACGUGGACGUGUACGACGAGGGCCCGUACACCUGCUCCGUGCAGACGGACAACCACCCCAAGACCUCCCGGGUGCACCUCAUCGUGCAAGUAUCUCCCAAAAUUGUAGAGAUUUCUUCCGAUAUCUCCAUCAACGAAGGCAACAAUAUCAGCCUCACCUGCAUAGCCACGGGUCGACCAGAGCCUACGGUUACUUGGAGACACAUCUCCCCCAAAGCUGUGGGCUUUGUGAGCGAAGACGAGUACUUGGAGAUCCAGGGCAUCACGAGGGAGCAGUCGGGGGACUAUGAGUGCAGCGCCUCCAAUGAUGUGGCUGCCCCAGUGGUGCGGAGAGUCAAGGUCACCGUGAACUAUCCUCCAUAUAUUUCAGAAGCUAAGGGGACAGGUGUCCCCGUGGGACAGACGGGGACGCUGCAGUGUGAAGCCUCCGCGGUUCCCUCGGCAGAAUUCCAGUGGUACAAGGAUGACAAAAGGCUGGUUGAAGGAAAGAAGGGGGUCAAAGUGGAAAACAGACCUUUCCUCUCCAAACUCAUCUUCCUCAACGUCUCUGAACAUGACUAUGGGAACUACACGUGUGUGGCCACCAACAAGCUGGGCCACACCAACGCCAGCAUCACACUGUUCGAGCUAAGUGAGCCUACAAGCUCAACUUUGUUACAAGAAGUCAAAACCACAGCUCUGACCCCUGGGAAAGGCCCGGGCGCCAUCAGCGAAGUGAGCAAUGGAGCGUCGAGGAGGGCUGGCUGCGUUUGGCUGCUGCCUCUUCUGGUUUUGCACCUGCUUCUCAAAUUCUGAUGUGAGUGCCACUUUCCCCGCCGGGGAGAAGCUGCCGUCACCGCCACCACCAACACAUCAGCCGCGGCGACCAGGAGCAACGCGAGCAUCCCCGUCCUAAAGCAGAUCCAAUCCCACGAAAUUCAGAGCCUAAGGGGACACCAAUUCCAGGGAGGGGGACAGAGAAGACUUUGGGAAAACAGGUUGAACAAGGACAUUGGAAAUCGCCUCGCAGACACGUAGGUACAGCUGAGUUUUCUUUCUUUUUCCAAACGGGAAGAAUGCACGCGGCUUUGGACCCACCCGCAAGCUGCAUGGCGUGACCUCCGUUACCAGUCGGGCAAGGGCUCAGCCGCUCUGCCCACCACAGUGCCCCCACCCCCAAGGAAAGUUCUGGAGUCGGCCACCCCCGAUUCAAUCAGUCAGUAGAGAAGAACUCAGAGGGAGGCUUGCAGGCCCAUUCCUGAACUGUGUCCCUAUUGUGUGUGUGAUGAAACGCAGCAACAAAAACAUAAAUAAAAAGGAAAACUAAACAAGA